AUGGAGCCCAACGGUAGCACAGCUUUGCAUGCAGCUUCUUACUAUGGCCACUUCAAUGUUGUUAAACUAUUAUUGGAAGCAGGAGCUGUUCGUAGUAUUACUAAUAUUUACAAUAUGACGCCUGCUGAUGAGGCGGCAACGUCGGAAAUCAAAUUAUUGUUUCGUCGGCAACCUACAGAAGCUCAAGCUCGUUUUGUCACUGCUGAUCAUAGCGUUGAGUGGCAAAAACAUGCAAUGGGACGUGCAGUGAAAAAAGCUGCACAUAAUCUAGCAUAUUGCAAGCCAUUCGAAAAUAUGAAUACCGCGUAUGAAAGAAUAACACAAGCCAUAGAGUUGCGUGACUCUCAAGAUAUGAGUCAAAUAAAGUAUUUUUUGGAUAAGGCUCGUGAAACAAAUGAUGCCUCAUACUUACUCCGAGCAUACACGGCUGAAACUAACUUCUACCGUCGGCUUAAUGUACGUAGUGCACAAUUAAACGCUACGCGUGGGCAUCCGGAUCCCAACUUAUAUUUAAAAGAAUGGUGUCUCGCAUAUAAUGCCCAAUUACUAAAGGAUCCUACAUUUGAGAAAUUUCAUUGGACGGGAAAGACUUAUCGGGGUAUGGUAAUAGCUUUAGAAGAAUAUCGACUUUACAAUCGUGUCGGUAAUGGUGUUGUUAAUCAUGCAUUUCUAUCGACAUCAAAAGUUCGAGACGUUGCCCUGACCUUUAUUCCUCCGUCGUCGCCUGGCAAGUAUUCCGUUAUCUGUACGUAUACGAUAAACCAAGGCUGGAGCGCUCUCGAUCUCGAGACAAUUUCCGAAUAUCCGGAAGAACAAGAAGUGCUUAUCAUUCCCAAUAUGCAUUUUCGCAUUAAAAAAGUUACCGAAAGAAGUCCUACCGAAAGAUGUCCCAUCGAAAUCGAAUUGGAACAAGAAGAUAUGCAAGAAGCUAUAAAAGAAAUGGGAUAUAGCGGAUUUACCGGCGACUUAAAAAAGGAUUAUUGA